AUGAAGUUUCAAGGCACUCCCAGUUACAUCAUAUCUAAGAAACUUCAGAAUCUCAAGUUCUUCCUCAAAAAUUGGAGCAAAACAACUUAUGGAAAGAUAAGUGAAAAUAAAGCUCAACCGACAGCACAAAUAGAUGAUCUAAAUGCAAUGGAAGAAUUUAGUACUCUAUCUGACACUCAAUUCAUUGAAAGAGUGGAAUUGAGAGCUAAGCUGAAACAAAUAAAUCUGGAUAAUGCCAGAAAGUGGUUAGUCAGAUCUAUGACUCAACACUUUAAAGAAGCUGACGCGAACACUAAGUUCUUUCAUUCUCUAGCUAAUGGAAGAAGGAGAAGGAACACAAUACAGAAGCUAAUCAUUAAUGGGGAGGAUAACUUUAGUCUAGGGGACAUUAGUGAUGAAAUCUCCAGAUACUUUUACAAGCUUUUUCAAGAUGAUCAUACUCUUAGACCUCAAAUAGAAGAAAAAUAUUUCACAAAAAUAACUGAUCAAGAAAGUAGGUCGCUAGAAAGAGAGAUAACUGAAGAUGAAGAUGAAGCAUGGAAAAUAAUCAAGAACUUCAAAAAUAACAAGUCUUCAGGCCCAGAUAGAUACAACAUGGACCUAUUUAAGGUGGUAUAG